CUGCACGGUCUGCCCCUGACCUCCACAUCGUGCCUGCCUUAGGCCAUGCCCUCCUUCACUGACCAGACCGAUUCGGGUCUUGAUCUCGAUGGGCCUCAACCGAUUCUGGGAACUGGCUUGAACGUCUCUCUCCAGAGACGCCGCCCGACCCCCGGACACGAAGGCUCUGCAAUGGCUUCGGAAGGAAGCUUCCCCAGACAACAACCCCCUGCGCCAAGGAAGCCGACUCGACCAGCUCUUCAUCACCCGGCCUCUGUAAGUAGUCAGACGUCCAGCGUCGCGACCGAGUCCGUGUCUCGCAACGAGAGGGAUCACGGCUUGAAGUACGGCGAGGAGGACCCGCAGAAUGCCCUUUUCACGCAGGUGUUCGAGUGGCUUCGGCGCGAAAAGUCCAAGCGGAGGACUUACAAGUCGUCGAGUCUAGCCAGAACAGACGAGGCUGUAAGUGAUGGUGACGACGACGACGACGAUGACGACGAUGACGAUGCUGCUGGUGUCUCCGUGGAAAGACCGACACCGACUGGCCCCGAUGUGCUUGCUCUGGACAAGUUGGAGAAGAUUCUCCUCCGGUAUGCCACUUCACGACAGGAGGGAGAUAGCGUAAAUCUUGUGCGACGGACUGGUCAUCGGCGCCCACGGUCCAGAGGAUUGCGUAGGGGCUCUGCUUCCGAAUCCGAUGUGUCAGACUAUGAGGCAAAUCCUCCCAGCGUGGAUGCGGUAUUGGACAAUUCCAAGACCCUCGCCUACAGCGGUGGCGGUGCAGAGGACGAGGAUAAUGAACCCGGCGAGAGCACGCGACGCGCAAAGAAUAGGGAAGCCUGGGCGACAUUCAAAGGCGAGAUCCUUCGUCUCACCCAUACCAUGCAGGUCAAGGGAUGGCGGAAGCUCUCAAUGGAUCUGGCCGCAGAUAUAGAGGUGGCUCGGUUGAGCGGUGCUAUGACUAACGCGGUGUAUGUGGUCACUCCGCCGCAGAACAUCCCAGUGCCCAAGGCCGAAGAUGGCUCGUAUUCGUUGAUUCCUAUGAAGCGGCCACCGAAGCUUCUACUGCGCAUCUAUGGGCCGCAAGUGGAUCACCUGAUUGAUCGCGAGAAUGAGCUCCAGAUCCUUCGCCGGCUGGGCCGGAAGAACAUUGGACCCAAAGUCCUCGGCACGUUCAACAACGGGCGGUUCGAAGAGUACUUUGAAGCUCGCCCUCUGACACCAAAGGAGCUCCGGGACCCGCUGAUCAUGAAACAGAUCGCGAAGCGGAUGAGAGAGCUGCAUGAUGGGGUUGAUCUGCUCGAGGAAGAGAGGGAAGGAGGACCCAUGGUCUUCAAGAAUUGGGACAAAUGGGUGGAUCGCUGCGAGCAAAGAAUCAACUGGCUGGACAAGGAAAUCAAGUCCGAGCACAACCAGAGCAAAACAGCGUCAGAGGCUUGGCGCCAGCGAGGUUUCGUCUGCGGCGUUCCAUGGCCCUUGUUCCGGAAGGCGGUUGAGGGCUAUCGGAAGUGGCUUGUUUCCACCCUUGGGGGAAUGGAUGAAAUCAAUCGGCAGCUGGUAUUUGCGCAUAACGAUACCCAAUAUGGCAACCUGCUUCGCAUGAAUCCCAGUCAGGAAUCGCCGCUGCUCCGGCCAGAGAACGUGCAUAAGCAGCUGGUCGUGAUUGAUUUCGAAUACGCGUCAGCGAACCCUCCGGGACACGAGUUCGCGAACCACUUUACGGAAUGGUGCUACAACUAUCAUGAUCCGGAGAGGUCGUGGGCGUGCGAGAACACAGGUUAUCCCACGCCGGACCAGCAGCACAAGUUCAUCAACGCAUAUCUUAAUCAUCGCCCGGGACUGCGCGACAUGGCGUCUCCGUCCAUCACGCCCCUGAUGCGGGGAGCGUCUGCCAACGCCUCCUCGCUCGCUUCUUUGAACCUGGAUGCAGCCCCUGAUAUGGCCGUAUCAGGCUGUCUGGAUAUCGAAAAAGCGCACGAAGAUAGUAUCGACGCUCGAAUCCAGUUUCUCAUGCGACAGACCAGGCUCUGGCGUGUGCUCAACUCUGCCCAGUGGGUCGCGUGGGGCAUCGUGCAGGCCAAGAUGGCCGGGAUGGAGGAGGGCAUCGCGGCGGGCGAGGCCGCUCACAACGGACACCACGAGGCGAACGGCAACGGCGCGGCAGGCAGACGGGAAUCGACCGGAAGCCCGCCCGUGGACGCAGAUAUCGACGAGAUCGACGAGUUUGAUUACCUUGCGUAUGCGCAGGACCGGGCGAUGUUCUUCUGGUCGGACCUGCUGUCGAUGAACUUUAUCCAAGAGGACGAGCUGCCGGCGUCGAUGGUGGCACAGAUCAAAUCGCGCAUCAUCGAGUACUAGGCGUAGUAUCCGGAGUAAAUAGAUAAGCUAGCGUACAAUUAUGACUCAGAUAACAUGACUGACGAAGCGAUUCUUCCAGAAGCCGGCGUUGUUGCCUUUGUACAUAACCAUGCCAUGCCAUGCCAUGCCAUGCCAUAGCCUAACUUACCCGAACGCAUCCAAUGUGAACUGGUUCCUCAAAGCUCGCAACUAUUACUACCUUACCGUUCCACGCAUGAAUUCGAGCAUGUAGCCUGCCGUCCUCUGCGUCCGCGAUGCAGCAAUUCCACUUUGCUUGUCUCGCGUUGUGUCUGAACCGUCCCG